AUGAAGUACAUUCAUUCCCAGGAGCUCCUGGAGAUUCCCCAGGGUGUCAAGGUCAACAUCAAGACCCGCAUCGUCACCGUCGAGGGCCCCCGCGGCAAGCUGGUCAAGAACCUGGGCCAUCUCGCCGUCAACUUCGGCCACCCCUCCAAGAACACCAUCUCGAUCGAGAUUCACCACGGCAACCGCAAAAAUGUUGCCACUCUGCGGACCGUCAAGUCGAUCAUCAACAACAUGAUCGUCGGUGUCACAAAGGGCUUCAAGUACAAGAUGCGCUACGUCUACGCGCAUUUUCCCAUCAACGUCAACGUCGACAAGAGCAAGGAGACCGGCCUCUGGGAGGUUGAGAUCCGCAACUUCAUUGGCGAGAAGAUUGUCCGCCGCGUGGUCAUGGCCGAGGGUGUCGAUGUCACCAUCUCGACCGCUCAGAAGGAUGAGCUCGUUCUCUCCGGAAACUCCAUCGAGAACGUCUCGCAAAGUGCUGCCGACAUUCAGCAGAUCUGCAAGGUCCGGAACAAGGACAUCCGUAAGUUCUUGGACGGUCUGUACGUUUCCGAGAAGGGCAACGUUGUUGAGGAGUAA